AUGCUUUUGAUUUUAUCUUUAUGCGCAAUAAUAACAUUUAUUAAUGGUGAUCUUUUUACGGCUAUGGUUGAUCUUGAAAAUUUAAAAGAAUCUGAACGUGAUAUUGGUUAUGUUAUUGAAGAAUAUAUUAAAUCAGAAGAAGAAAGAUUAAAUAAACUUAAAGAAUAUGCUAAUGAAUAUAAAGUACGUUUAAAUGAAAAAAAAGAUAUUACUUAUAUUACUAAUCCAAUAAAUGCAUAUACAUUGAUUAAAAAAAUGUCAGUUGAUUGGAAGAAUAUUCAACAAAAAAUGAAUGAGAAUAAAGCUGACGAAUUUUUAGAAAAAAUUAAAUAUCAAAAACAAUCAAAAAUUAUAAAAUAUCCAGAUGAUGAAGAUUUAACUGGUGCAGCAAAUGCUUUAGUUCGUCUUCAAGAUACAUAUAAUCUUUCAACAACUGAACUUGCUGAUGGUAUUAUUCAAGGUCAAGAUAUUAAAAAAAAAUUUACAGCUCAUGAUUGUUUUGAAAUAGGUAGAGCUGCUUAUAAUGAUCAAGAUUAUUAUCAUGUUGUUAAUUGGAUGCAAGAAGCAUUAAUGAGAUUAGAAAAUGAAACACCAAGGACAGUAGAAUAUACAGAUAUUCUUGAAUAUCUUGCUUUUGCACUUUUUAAACAAGGUAAUGUAAAAAGAGCACUUGCAUUGACAAAAAAACUUGCAUCAAUUGAAACAAAUCAUCCUAGAGCUAUAGAUAAUAUAAAAUGGUAUGAAGAUAUGCUUACAUUAGAAGAUAAAAAAAAUCUUAAUGAACUUCCACCAAUUAAAAAUGAACGUUUGGUAUAUAAAAAAGUUCCUGAACAAAAUGAAUAUGAAUCAUUAUGUCGUGGAGAAAGUACUAUUAGUAUUAGUCAAAAAUCUAAACUUUAUUGUUAUUAUAAACGUGAUAGACCAUUUUUAAAAUUAGCACCAAUUAAGGUUGAAAUUGUACAUUUUAAUCCAUUAGCUGUAUUAUUUAAAGAAAUAAUUAGUGAUGAAGAAAUUUCUGUUAUUGAAAGUCUUGCAAUACCGCGUUUAAAACGUGCAACUGUUCAAAAUGCAAAAACAGGAGAAUUAGAAACUGCUUCAUACAGAAUAUCAAAAAGUGCUUGGUUAAAAGAUGGAGAACAUCCAGUUAUUCAUAGAAUAAAUAAAAGAAUUGGUGAUAUGACAAAUUUAAAUCAAGAUACUUCAGAAGAUCUUCAGGUAGCUAAUUAUGGUCUUGGUGGUCAUUAUGAUCCACAUUUCGAUUUUGCUCGUAAAGAAGAAACAAACGCAUUUAAGCGUUUAGGAACUGGAAAUAGGAUUGCUACAGUGUUAUUUUAUAUGUCGCAACCAGAACGUGGUGGAGCAACAGUAUUUACAGAACUUGGUUUACCACAAUUUCCUGUUCAUCAUGAUGCUUUAUUUUGGUACAACUUAAAACGUAAUGGUGAUGGAGAUGUUAGGACAAGACACGCUGCUUGUCCAGUAUUAACAGGAGUUAAAUGGGUUUCCAAUAAAUGGAUUCAUGAAAGAGGACAAGAAUUUACUAGACCAUGCGGUUUAACAGAAGAUAUUGAAGAGCAAUUUGUUGGAGAUUUAAGACCAUUUUAA